GCACGCCUGUUGACUUCGCAUUCUAAAGGAAAGCAUAGGAUAACACGCCUACAUUAACGACAUUGGAGAAGUACAUGUCUUUCUUAAACAGAAGCGUUUCCCCUGGGCAACAAUCGAACUCGCCUAUGGCGUCUAAUUAUGAAACAGAACUUCAAGAAAACCAUCGCGCUGAAGCAGAAGAAAAGGUCACUCUUACCAAAAAGGAAACCGUAGCGACGAUAAACAGUCAAGAGCAACUGAAUGGUGUCUCAAAAACGAAUAUUAGCAAUGGUAGUAGUUUGUUGCAAUCUGCUCAAGAGAAAAGCGAUGCCUGCCAAGGUCUGAGAUUGUAUCGCGUGGCUCUGCUGGCUAUGUCUUUUAUCUCAGCAGUUUCUCUUGGGCUCACCUUGCUGAUGUUGUUUGGUGUACUUCACGUUGCUUCACCUCAAUGUACUUGCUCUGGAGAAACAGAAACAUCAGGACUUGAGAAGAAUCUUCAAGAUUUGAAAAAGAACCUCUCGGCUUUGAGAGACUCUUCAGUUUCAAAUUCAAAUAGAAUUCUGGAGGAUUAUGCUGCUAAGGUUUCAAAUAGGAUUCUGCAGAAUGUUGCCAAGGUUUCAAAAGGUUUAGAGAAUCUGGAGAAAAAUGUUACAAAGAUUGAAAAUAAACUGGAAAAAGUGAAAUGCAAUAUCACAUGGUCACCGAGAUUCAACAGUUCUAAGGGUGAUAUUGGACCUCCCGGACCUCCCGGGCCUCCCGGACCUCCCGGACUUCCAGGAUAUAAUGGUACUCAGGGCCACGCAGGACCAUCUGGGCCACCUGGUGUUCAGGGCCCUCGUGGACCAUCAGGGUACAAUGGUACUCAUGGCCCACCUGGACUCGGGGCCAGUUCCUGUGUUUACCAGAAUUCAGCUAGCACUGGCAUGAGCCCAAGCUCGGUCUCUCGACAAGAGGUGCAAGUGACGGAGCCAAAUAAUGGGACGUUUAUUGGUGUAAACUGUGAUACAAAUGACGCAAAAAUUGUUCAAUUAUCAAGCAUAAUCUCAGGUGGCAAGAGAAACUACAAGUGCCUUUGCGUCGGUACCCUUUCAAGUGGAGAACCAAAGAUGCAUUGCUAUAUCCACUACUGGAACUGUCACUUGUAAGGGAAAAAACAUAAAGUCAUUUGUUUAACGAGAGUCUUCUCUCUGUAGAGAAAUUAGUAGAGACUGGAACUAGCUGUAUAACAUAUUAACAAUUGCCCUCUAUAUCAUAUUUUUGUCGUUGGCGCGGUCAUAUUUUCAAAUGUGUCCAGUCGUAGUAAGGGGAAAUAUCAAGUCAUAUUUGCAAUCGAUAUACUGAAAGCUUAUUCUAGACUUAUCCUGCAGCCAUUCAGGAUGGCAACAUUAAACGAAGUGUAAUCAUAUUGUUUUAGCUAAUAACUAAUUCUUAUACUUUGUGGGAGAAUUGAUAUCUUCCGAAAUUUCUCGGGACUUAUCGUUAAACCCUCCACAUACAUAAAAAAGGAAAUGUUUUUCAAAGGAAUUUUCUGUUCGAAGUUUACCGUUCAACGGCGAUUUUUUGUAGUUGCUCACAGUCCUCUCCUGGUGGAUUCCAAGAUCGGAUGUAUGUUGUUACUGUUUACCUGUAACUAGAGGAAAGAAAUUUUCGUAUACUGAAAUGAAGAAACAGUAUUUUUAUCAUCUUAUAACAGGAUCAACCCGGGAAGUUAUAUAAAGGGAAAAUGCAACUGCUACUUCUAGAUCUCGCUUGUUACAUUUAUCGCAAAUAAAAGAUACCUGCAAUAUG